GCGGGGCCGGGGUAGCAACAGUUGCCUCGAGACCCGGCGCCCGGCGCCAUAGUGACCGUAGCCCUGGAGACUGUUACUUGCCAACGGCGGCAACGCGCGGCCCCGGCGGCCGGAGCCCAGCGCAGCCCGCGGCACCCGGCGGGGACGGCAGCAGGGAGCAUGCAGAGUCCAGAGGGUGGAUCAGACUCAGCAGCUUCUGUGGCUCUUCACCCGUCGGCCUCAGCGCAGGCACCAGUGGUGCAGGCAGUGCCAGCCUCACAGCAGAGGGUUUUGGUCCAGGCCACAGGCUCGGCUCCCAAAGGGGCACAGAUGCAGCAAAUCUCUGUUCCCAGAGUGCAGCAGGUUCCACAGCAGGUGCAGUCUGUGCAGCACGUUUAUCCAGCCCAGGUGCAGUAUGUGGAAGGAGGAGAAGCUGUUUAUACCAAUGGAACCAUACGAGCUGCCUACUCGUACAGCAGCGAGGCGCAGAUUUACGCCCCUGCCAGCGCCGCGCCCUAUUUCGAAGCGCAGGGAGGAGGAGGAGGAGGAGGAGCUCAGGUGACUACAGCGACAUCCUCUCCUACAGCCAUUCCCUCUCACAACAUGGUGGGCAUCACCAUGGACAUUGGGGGAAGUCAGAUCCUCUCCGGCUCGGGAGCCUAUCUCAUUCAUGGGGGGCUGGAGAACUCUAGACAUUCUCUGUCUCACACCUCACGCUCCUCUCCAGCAACGCUUGAAAUGGCGAUUGAAAACCUACAAAAAAAUGAAGGGAUUACAUCACACAAAAGCAGUUUGCUCAACAGCCAUCUGCAGUGGCUGCUGGAUAACUACGAGACAGCAGAGGGUGUGAGCCUGCCCCGGAGCUCCCUGUACAACCAUUACCUGAGGCACUGCCAGGAGCACAAACUGGACCCCGUCAACGCCGCCUCCUUCGGGAAGCUCAUCCGCUCCGUCUUCAUGGGGCUGAGGACACGGCGCCUGGGCACCAGGGGAAAUUCCAAAUAUCACUACUACGGGAUCCGCCUCAAGCCGGAGUCACCGCUGAACCGCCUGCAGGAGGACACGCAGUACAUGGCCAUGAGGCAGCAGCCCAUCCACCAGAAGCAAAGGUACAGAGCAGCCCAGAAGAUGGAUGGGAUGGCAGAGAGUGCAUCCAACAGCACCCCCCACACCACACCCGAGCAGUCAGUGGCUGCUCAGUGCCAGCACCACCAGCAGUUCAUAGAUGUAACCCAUGUCUUUCCUGAGUUCCCAGCCCCUGAUCUUGGCAACGUGCUCUUACAAGAAGGUUUCACCUUGAACGACGUGAAAACUCUGCAGGUUCUCUACAGGAGGCACUGUGAGGCCACUUUGGAUGUCGUGGUGCACCUCCAGUUCCACUACAUCGAGAAGCUGUGGCAAUCCUUCUGGAGUCCCAAGGCACCCCCUAGUGAUGGCCCCACUGCUCUGCCCUCCAGUGAAGAGGAACCCGAAGGGACCCUCCCAAAGGACAAACUGAUCACCCUGUGCAAGUACGAGCCCAUCCUCAAGUGGAUGAGGAGCUGUGACCACAUCCUGUACCAGGCCCUGGUGGAGAUCCUCAUCCCUGACGUGCUCAGGCCAGUGCCCAGCACGCUGACCCAGGCCAUCCGGAACUUUGCCAAGAGCUUGGAAGGGUGGCUGAUGAAUGCCAUGAGUGAAUUCCCCCCCCAGGUCGUGCAGACCAAGGUGGGGGUGGUGAGUGCCUUUGCCCAGACCCUGCGCAGGUACACGUCCCUGAACCACCUGGCGCAGGCGGCGCGCGCCGUGCUGCAGAACACGUCCCAGAUCAACCAGAUGCUCAGCGACCUCAACCGCGUGGACUUCGCCAACGUGCAGGAGCAGGCCUCGUGGGUGUGCCAGUGUGAGGAGGGCAUGGUACAGAAGCUGGAGCAGGAUUUCAAGCUGACCCUGCAGCAGCAGAGCUCUCUGGACCAGUGGGCCAGCUGGCUGGACAAUGUGGUCACUCAAGUGCUGAAGCAUCACGAGGGCAGCCCCAGCUUCCCCAAGGCAGCCAGGCAGUUCCUGUUGAAGUGGUCUUUCUACAGCUCCAUGGUGAUCCGGGACCUCACCCUGCGCAGCGCCGCCAGCUUUGGCUCCUUCCACCUGAUCCGCCUGCUCUACGACGAGUACAUGUUCUACCUGGUGGAGCAUCGUGUGGCCCAGGCAACAGGGGAGACCCCAAUUGCUGUCAUGGGAGAGUUUGGUGACCUCACAUCCCUGUCCCCGACACUGCUGGACAAAGAUGACAUCAGCGAGCUGGGCACCGAGGGGGAUCCGGGGGAGCCGCUGGUGAAACGGGAGCGCAGCGAGCCCGGCCACUCCCUGCAGGACAUCUGACACCUGGGCUGGACCUGGCCACCUCCUGCAGGACAUCUGACACCUGGGCUGGACCUGGCCACCCCCUGCAGGACAUCUGACACCUGGGCUGGACCGAGCCAUCCAUCCGGAGCCAGGCGGGGCGUGCCAAGCCCGCCCCCCCCCGGAUCUGCGUUAUUAUAGUGCCUCUUAGUUUCUCUUGAUGUUUACUUGUGUUUGAGGAUGGGCUGAGCUGGUUUGGCUGCCAGUGUCCCUCCAGAGGGGAGGGAGAAGCUCCAGAGUCUGCUCCCAAGGGAUGGAGGGCUCUGUGGUCAGCAGCAGGUGGGAUGUGCCUGGCUGGAGGAGCUGUCCUGGCUCUCCAGCUGAGAUCGAGGCUUUCUCUGUCAGGGAAGGUGCUUUGGGUUCCUUCCCCUCGUCUCAGACUUCACUGUGAUACAAACUUGAACCAAUCAGUGCCCAAGAAGAAGGAGAAAUACCCGGCCCUUCUCCUGCAGCCUUUCCAGACAAAUUGUCCUGGCUCGGGCUUUGCCAAAUCUCUUGCACGGGGAGCUCGGGGCAGUUGGUGUCCCUUGUCCCCCUGGGGACAGGCUCCAGGCUGCACAUCCCGACGGACACAGGCGUGCUCUGGGACUAUGGGAUGAGCAUUCCCACCUGCUUCCAUGGCUCCCCAGCUUGGCACUUCACCCCAAUGCUCCUGGGAUGCCAUCAGGCCAACUCAAGAUACCAAAGGACUCCGAGGCGGUGGCAGCUGGAGGCAGAGCGUGCCCGUUGUCCCACGUGCCAUGAUUGCUGGGGGCAAUCCCGUGGUGAUCCCAUGGUGAUCCCGUGGUGAUCCUGUGGCAAUUCUAUGGUGACCCCAUAGCAAUCCCAGGAUGAUUCCAUGGCAAUCCCGUGUUGAUCCCCUGGUGAUCCCAUGGCAGUCCUGGGAUGAUCCCUUGGUGAUCCCAUGGCAGUCUUGUGAUGAUCCCGUGGCAAUCCCAUGGCAGUCCUGUGAUAAUUCCAUGGCAAUCCCAUGGUGAUCCAGUGGCAAUCCCGUGGCAAUUCUGUGGCUGACCCCAUGGCAAUCCCCAUCCUCCACGGUGCCCGGGCAGACAGGAACAGGUCCCACAUCCUGGGGUUUGUGAAAUUCCCACCCUGGGUCCUGCUCUGAGGUUGAAGGGGGGUUUGGAGCAAGGGUGAGGGGGUGACUGCAGUGCCUUAGGGGGGCCUUGUUCCCAUUUCCCUGCUCCAGGGGAGCCAGCAGAGCUCACUCUGGCCCAGCACAGCUCAGCCUGGCCC